AUGGGAAUUGAGGACAACAAUAUGAGAAACGGCAGAGGCCUGUCGGAUCAAUGGGCUGACAGCGUUGUGGUCCGACCCAGGACAACCGAGCGGCACAUUACCGUGCACAAAAAACUGGUCCUGGGAUUCGCCAUCUCCAUCCUCACGCUCAUCAUUGUCACGGCAAUCGCCGUGCUUCUCAGCGUCAGCUUUGAGGAUUGCACCGUGGCGGAGAGCAGCUCGCGGGCCGGGAACGGCACGAGCACCAAACCCAAUCAGUCCCGGGACGGUAAUUUUAACCACAAGGAUGAGGACACCCAGCCUUGGAGGCACCUCCGGCUGCCCACGUCGCUGCGUCCCCGGCACUAUGACCUCAAGCUGUCCGUGUACAUGGAUAACUUCACUUUCUCGGGCGAAGUUAACAUCGAAUUCGAGUGCGUCAACUCCACCAAGUUCAUCGUGCUUCACACGGACAGACUGGAGGUGGAGAGAGUGGUGGUGUAUUCGGACAACAAAAAGCCGGGCGUCAUGCGCAUCCACCGGCAGUUCCACUACCCGUCCAACCAGGUUUAUGUCAUCGCUUUGCACAGGGAGAUGAAGCCACUGAGAACAUACAAAGUCAACAUUACUUUUGAAGCCCAAAUAGAAAACGAACUUUUGGGUUUUUUCCGUAGCUCUUACGUGCUGCAUGGAGAAAGAAGGUAUCUUGCGGUGACUCAGUUCUCCCCGACCCAUGCCAGAAAAGCCUUCCCGUGUUUCGACGAGCCCAUCUACAAGGCCACAUUCCGGAUCAGUCUGAAGCAUGAGGCCUCCUACCUGUCCCUGUCCAACAUGCCCGUGGAGAACUCCGUCACCGACGACGACGGCUGGGUGACCAACUACUUCUCCAGAACCCCGCGCAUGUCCACCUACUACCUGGCCUGGGCUGUGUGCAACUUCACCUACAAGGAGGCCCUGACCGAUAGUGGAGUUCUGAUCCGCCUGUACGCCAGGCCCAACGCCAUCUUGAGCGGAUCGGGCGACUACGCGUUGCAGAUCACAAAGAGGCUGCUGCAGUUCUACGAGGAUUACUUCAAAGUCAAAUACUCCCUGCCCAAAUUAGAUCUGCUGGCUGUCCCAAAGCACCCGUACGCUGCCAUGGAGAACUGGGGGCUCAGUGUGUUCGUGGAGCAGAAGAUCCUGCUGGACCCCGAGAUAUCGUCCUUCUCCUACCAGAUGGAGCUGACCAUGGUGGUCGUGCACGAGAUCUGCCACCAGUGGUUCGGGGACCUGGUCACACCGGUGUGGUGGGAGGAUGUGUGGCUGAAGGAAGGCUUUGCUCACUUCUUCGAGUACCUCGGAACCGACUUCCUCUUCCCCAAGUGGAACAUGGAGAAACAGCGUUUCCUGACAGAUGUUCUCCAUGAGGUGAUGCUGUUGGAUGGCUUGGCGAGCUCUCACCCUAUCUCCCAGGAGGUGUUUGAGGCCACCGACAUCGACAGGGUCUUCGAUUGGAUCGCCUACAAAAAGGGAGCGGCACUAAUCCGGAUGUUGGCCAACGUAAUGGGCCAGGCGGUGUUCCAGAGGGGCCUGAAUGACUAUUUGAUGACUCACAUGUAUGGCAAUGCAGCGAGGGACGACCUGUGGAACAAGCUAUCUGAGGCCAUGCAGAGGGAAGGCAAAGACAUCAACAUCAAGGAGGUGAUGGACCGCUGGACGCUGCAGAUGGGCUACCCGGUGGUCACCAUCAGCAAGAACGAGAGCCUGGACCACGCCGUCACCAUCACCCAGGAGCACUUCGUCUACGACAUGGACGCCAAGAUCCGAGACCCGGAGCUCUUCAACCGAAGCUUCCUGUGGCACAUCCCUUUAACACUAGCCGUGGGAAAUUCCACUCACAUAUCCCCGGAAGCCAUCAUCUGGGUCUCCAAUAAAACAGAGACACACAAAGUGGGCCAGAUAGACGAGGAGACGUGGUUGCUUGGCAACAUCAAUCAGAUGGGCUACUUCAGGGUGAACUACGACCUCCACAACUGGAGGCUGCUGAUCGGGCAGCUCAUGAACAACCAUGCGAUCAUCUCCAUUGGGAACCGGGCUGGCCUCAUUGACGACGUCUUUAACCUGGCAAGGGCCGGGUUCCUGCCCCAGAACGUGCCCCUGCAGAUCAUCAGCUACCUGCCCCAGGAGAAGGAGUUCCUGCCCUGGCACGCGGCCAGCCGUGCCCUCUACCAGCUGGACAAGCUCCUGGACCGUACGGAGGACUACAGCCUCUUUAGUGACUAUGUACUGAAACAAGUGGCUCCCAAGUAUCAUAAGCUGGGCUGGCCGACUACUUCCCCUGAUGGUUCCUUCAUGCAAGCUGCCUACCAGGCUGAAGAGCUGCAGAGGGAGGUGAUCAUGCUGGCGUGUAGUUUCGGGAACAAAAACUGCCAUCGCCAGGCUGUGACUCUCAUCUCAGAUUGGAUCUCCAGCAACAAGAACAGGAUCCCACCCAACGUGCGGGACAUUGUGUACUGCACUGGCGUCUCGCUCAUGGACGAGGACGUGUGGGAGUUCAUCUGGAUGAAGUUCCACUCCUCCACGGCCAUCUCGGAGAAGAAGGUUCUACUGGAGGCCUUGACCUGCAGUGACAACAGCUUCCUCCUCACCAGGCUGUUGAACCUGUCUCUGACCUCGGACCUGGUGCCAGACCAAGACGUCAUCGACGUCAUCAUCGACGUGGGGAGGAACCCUCACGGCCGCCACCUGGCCUGGAGGUACUUCCGGGAGAAGUGGGAGGUACUGAACACCAGGUAUGGCGAGGCCUUAUUCAUGAUCUCCAAACUAAUCAGUGGAGUGACGGAGUUCCUCAACACCGAGGCCGAGCUCGCUGAGUUGAAGGACUUCAUCCAUACCAGCAGUGGAGGCAGUGCGGUGGCAGCGUUCGCCCGCGCCGUGGAGAUCGUGGAGGCCAACGUCAAGUGGCACCGGCUCUACGAGCGGCAGUUUUAUCAGUGGCUGCGCAAGUCCCCCAACGGCUAACAGCGCAGUCGCCAAGACCUAGUUAAUAGCAUGGGAUAUCUCCAAAGUAUUUAUAGGCCAAUACAGCGAAGGGCGUGGCGAAAAAGGAAUCAAUUUGGGACAGAAAAUAGACAAAUAUGACUUGUUCCUCCCUCCCCAACCUCACCUCCCCACACAUAAACAACAUAAAACCAGGAUUGGGACCAGUGGGAAGAAAAAAAGAUGAAGGAGUUCGACUCUGACGCCAACACCCUCUGACAAGUGUUAGCCAAACUGUUUUGAUUUUCUAAAAAAAAAAAAGAUAUUGCAUGGCGUUCAUCUUUGCAGUUUAUUUUAUUGUUUCUUUUUUUAUUAUUAUUGAUUUAUGUUUUUGCAUGGGAUUCAUGACCCAAUUGGUUGUCCAGCUUCUUGACCUAUGACCCUUUUGCAGAGACUGAUGAAUCUCAGAUUACCUCUGUAGCCUAAGAGUAAAUAAAGACAACACCAACCCAACAAACAUUGGAUGAAGAAAUUGGAAAUCUGAAGAAACUGCAGAGGAGGACAGCACAACGGUACUUGUGACAAGCACAACUGGUCUGUCUUGACAAUCAGUCUAUUGAUUGUGAUUUGAGAGAGGUGCAGAGAUGGACCAAGUUCUGAUGGUUAUAUAAAUAUAUAAAUAUAUAUAAAUAUACACAUAUAAACUCACUGUUGAAGCCUCUCCUUUCUCCUCAAGCCAUCCACAUGAACUGUGAAAAGGGGCAUUGUUGUGCCAAUGCAGAUUAUUGUGGACAAACUGAGGGCAGAUUGUGCCAGGGCAGGUUAUGUUGAUUGUUGUGUGUGUGUGUGUGUGUGUGUGUGUGCUUCUGUAACGUGUAUUAGACGACUUCUUCCUGCAUCGUACGACUCCGAAGAAUAACGCAGCCACCGUCCUCAGACUAAGGGGGAGAGGCAUCAACCUGAAGUGUUUUUUUUUAUUAUUAUUAUUUUUAUUUUUAUUUUGUUUGAUUCACCAAAGGUGUUUAACGAGAGAAGGGGGGAAAAAAGAGUGAUUUCACUUUGACAGUGUUGGUCAUGUUAUCACACAUUUUAUUUGUAUGAUUGGUUUUCCUCCUUGCUCCAGUGGUGCGCUCGCUGCUGCGUUGUCCUUGGGUUUUUAACAGUGUAGUUGUUUGAGUGGUGUAUCAGUAAGCCAUGGGGUUUGUGGGGCAGCGACUAACGGCGUGGUCAGUAACUGCGCUGAGGAGCAAAGGCUCUGCUCAGCUUUGGGCACCGAUUGUGUUCAUUCUAUAUUUUGUAAACAUGUUACCUAGCAACAUGGAUUUUAUAAACAUAUAUGAAACACAUGGAUUUUUUUUCUUUCUUUUUUUCAGUGAACAUGUUCAGUACUCCUACUGAAAUUACCAAACGUUCCAUACAUACUCCACACUAACACCCCAGCCACUAACAGAGCAGGUAUUGAGGAACCCGUCUGAAUGAGCUCUUGUGUGACUAGGGCUGAUGUGUAUUGUGUAUAUCGUAUGUGUAUAAGCUGG